CGCGGAUGUGUGCGAGAUCUCGCGGUUCCAAUUGGAAAUUUUCUAAUUUCUUUUGCAACAUAUAUACUUCGAUACAUACAUAAAAACAUAUAUAUUCCACUGCACGGCGCACAGUGAGAAAGUGACAAAGCGGUGGCGGCAAGAAAGGAAAAGAAAGCAACUGCAUAUGCAAUUUUCGAUUAUUUAUUGUUGCCCGUUCUUCGUGCGUGCUCUUCUAGUGUGUGCGUGUGUGUUAGUGUGCGUGGGCGCGAGCGAAUAAAUAUUAAAGCGGAAUGAACGAUCAGCAGCAACACUACUACCACCAGGGCGGCUGGAAGACGUCGGCAGCGGUGGUCAACAGUAAUGGAAAUUCAUUAUCAGACAGCCGGGAUUACGAUACGAACUCGUCGCGCACCUCGCUCUCCGGCUCCCCGCCCGCCGGUGCCGCCUCCUCCUCGUCGUCGUCGGGCGCGUCAUCUGCUUCGCUUGGCUUUGAGGGCGGCUUCGUUGGCGGCAGGCCGCUGGCCCAGCUGCUCACACCUAAGUUGGAAUCGGAUAAUGCCAUCAUCCACGGCGACAACUACAGCCUGUAUGGAAACUCCACCAGCGGGGCGGAGCAACAGGUGCUGAAUCUGGAGAAUCUGGCGACCACCUAUAAUGCCCUGUUCACGCAGGAAGCAGGAUCGCCACCUGCUCACACACAUCCACCAAUAGUAACGCCUGCGGUGGCGUCGGAGGCGACAGAUGACAUCUUCAUCCUGCCGCCCGCCAAUCCGACCCCCCUGCCCAUCACAGUCAUACCCAUCACAUACCAUCAUCACACCGCCAGCAGCGCUGACGAAACCCUCAUCAGCACCAGCAUUGGCCAGGUGCCUCUAAUUGCCACCUUGAGUGAGGCCAGCGUUGGCUCCGGCGCCAGCGACGGCCAGGUGUACAAUUUGGAUGACAUUUGCUUCACACUGGAGUAUCAGUUCGAAAACCAGAAGCUUGUCCAGGUGCAGCCGCCAACCGUGGUGUCGCUCAGCAUGAUGGGCACCAGUGCGGAGGAGGAAGGUCCUCCGGAAACGGGUAACACCGUCUCCGUUUCCGCUACCAACUGUGAUAACGGUCAGGCCAACUCGGUGGUCACUUCUCCGGCAUAUUUCACUAUAGAGACGAGCUAUGUGGAUGAGUACGAUCCGAAUGAGCUGGACGAGGACGAGCAGCUGACCCACUGCAUUCAGCCGGGCGUUCUCCAUCGAGAUGUUGACGAGGACGAUGAGGAUGAUGAGGAGGAGGCCGGCAGGCAGGACGAGAACGAUCAGUUAAUGGCGAUGGCCUACGAGAGUUCGGACGAGGCUCUCAGUCGCUACAGAUGCAACUACGAGAACUGUUAUCGGAGCUAUAGCACAAUCGGAAAUCUGCGAACGCAUUUAAAGACCCAUACGGGCGACUACAGCUUCAAAUGCCCGGAAGACGGCUGUAACAAGGCCUUCCUCACAUCCUACAGCCUAAAGAUCCACGUCCGCGUCCACACAAAGGUGAAGCCGUACGAAUGCGAAGUGACCGGCUGCGAUAAGGCCUUCAACACACGCUACAGAUUGCACGCUCACCUGCGCCUCCACAAUGGCGAAACAUUCAACUGCGAGCUGUGUCAGAAGUGCUUCACCACGUUGAGUGAUCUAAAAAAGCAUACGCGCACCCAUACCCAGGAGCGGCCCUACAAGUGUCCGGAAGACGACUGCGGCAAAGCCUUUACUGCCUCGCAUCAUCUGAAGACUCACCGGCGGACGCACACCGGGGAGAAGCCGUAUCCUUGCCAGGAGGACAGUUGCCAGAAGUCGUUCAGUACAUCGCAUAGCCUCAAGUCGCACAAGAAGACACACCAGCGCCAGUUGCUUAACAAGGGGCGAAAGAAGCGGCCACUAAAGUCGCAACAGAGCAAACAGCAGAAGGAUCACGAACAGGAAAAUCACCACGAUCAGCAACCUGAGAAGGACGAGCAAUCGGAGAUGUUGGUGCUAAAUCCAGGCAGUCACUGCUCGGAGACAACUAGUACGGACAGUGGAGUGGUGCUGCACACGCUGACGCCGCAGGAACAUCAGUUGUCCAAUGUAUUUGUCCAUCACGAUGAGCCACUGAUCCUACCAGAGACCUCUCAAGCCUACCAGCUCUCGUAUGCCGCCGAAGAGGAGAUACCUAGUCCCUGGAUCGAUACUGGGGUCCUGGUCUCCAAGCCCCUCAUUUCCAUGGCUCCGUUAACUAAUGCCUGCGUGGCCCUACCCACCGAGAUGCCCAGUUUCGUGGACUUGAAGCCCACCUACGGCAAUGCGGUGAGCGGUAACAUGGGUGAUAACCAAAUGGAGACUAUGGAUGUGGACUCCACGGUGCCACCACCUUCAUUGCCUACACCCACUCUGGAGCUAAACCAGGAAAAUAUCGAGGAGUUGCUCAAGCAGGACAGCUUUGAAAACGAAGAGGACAUGGAGACGGAGUCCCUGCUGAACGACAUUCUCAAUGCCAUCGACAACACCGCUCUGCUAGAGGCCACCCUCCAACAGGCCUCCCAGGUGCCCAGCGACGCCUCUGGAUUGGUGGAGUUGGACAUCAGGGAUAACAAGCCUACGCUGAAGCAGAUCACAGCAGAUGCGGGCAUCUGCAAUUGCACCAACUGCAAGUGCGAUCAGACCAAGAGCUGUCACGGCGGCGAUUGUGGUGCAUCGGCGGCGGCUGCCUCCCAAAAGUCCACCAAGGCAACCACCACCACUACAACCAUCCAAAACUCCAGCGGAGGCAAACGUAUUUACGGUGGCAGCGUGGCUACGGCCACAAAAAAAGUGAGUAAACGCCAGGCGGAAAUGAACCAGAACAUCGAGGAUGUUGCUUUACUGCUGCAAAACCUGGCUUCCAUGAGCACCGGCAGCUCUCCCGGCGGCGGCGGUUGCUGUGGAGGUGGUGCUGCCGCCAAGCCAGCGCCUUCCACUAGUGGCUGCUGCGGUGGGGCAAAAGCUCCCGAGCCCGUGAAGAGCGGUUGCGGCUGUGCCCAGGCCCCAGCUUCCUCCGCCGGCGGUUGCGGCUGUGCCCAGGCCCCAGCUUCCUCCGCCGGCGGUUGCUGCGGUGGAGGUGGUGCUGUUGCCACGCCUCCUCCGCCCACAGGUGGGUGCUGCAAACCAGCACCACCUCCUCCGCCUGCUGUGUUCUCAGGCGGCUGCUGCUCUGGGCAGGCCAAAGCCCAGGAGCUGCCCGUCAUCAGCACGAGUGCUGCUUCGGCAGUACCCGCCGCCGCUGCUGCCGUCAAAGGCAACUCCUGUACCUGCAAGAGUCCGGCUGAAGGCGUCGCCAACGGCUGCUGCGUGGUGAUCUGCAUUAAAACGCUGCAAGCGCUCCGCAAAGUUCUGACGCGCCGGAAUCUGAACCUAAUGCUUUGUCCACAGCAGAACUAAACUAAGAACUACUGUAUGUACACUAAUCCCAAGCAGCCCCGCGCCGAACUGAACCAAAUUCCUCCAAAGACCAAGUCCAAAAUGUAGGCCAGAAUAUCCUGUAAUCAUGUAAUCGAAACAAUCAAUCAAGUAUUGUGCCUGUAAAAAGUAUUUCCCCCAUUAAGAACCAGAAAUAUAUAGCGAUCAAAA